CAUCUACAGAUCUUCUUCCCAUAUCAUCUCUCUCUCUCCCUCCCAUCGCUGGAUCUUGAAGAUCUAAAUCUUUCGCUUUUUCUCCCAAGUGCAUUAGCAGUUCUUUUAAGAAUCUAGUGUUUCUCCCAAACUCUUCGAUCCGGUUUUGGUUUCUGUGUCUUUUUGUGAUUCCAAGAAUCUCCAUUUUUCACAUUGGUCACUGUAUUUUUUGUUUAUUGAGAUCUCUUCUGAGAUCAUUCAUAUUGAAAAAAGAGUUUCUUUUCUUGUCUCUCUUCAAAAGGGUUUCUAAGUUACUGAGUUUUGAAUUUUUGAAUCUGAGAAAAUCACUCUGUUUUUAUCAUUCUUCUUUGCCUCCUCUGUUUUUCGUCGAUUCAUCUGUAAAGACUCAACCUUUAUAUCUUUUUCUUGAAGAAGAUGCAGCAAGGUCAGGUGAAGAAGAGCAUGAAAGAGGUAGACUUUUUCACCGAGUACGGCGACGCAAACCGUUACCAGAUCCUAGAAGUCAUUGGGAAAGGAAGCUACGGAGUCGUCUGCGCAGCCGUCGACACGCACACUGGAGAGAAAGUCGCCAUCAAGAAGAUCAAGGAUGUCUUUGAGCACAUCUCCGACGCUCUCCGUAUCCUCCGUGAGGUCAAGCUUCUCCGGCUCCUGAGGCACCCUGAUAUAGUCGAGAUCAAAAGCAUCAUGCUUCCACCUUCCAAGAGGGAGUUUAAAGACAUUUAUGUCGUGUUUGAGCUCAUGGAGUCGGAUCUGCAUCAGGUCAUCAAAGCUAACGAUGACUUGACUAGGGAGCACCAUCAGUUUUUCCUUUAUCAGAUGCUACGUGCCUUGAAGUAUAUGCAUACAGCUAAUGUUUACCAUCGUGAUCUUAAACCGAAGAACAUACUGGCUAAUGCAAACUGCAAGUUGAAAGUUUGUGACUUUGGACUAGCGAGAGUGUCAUUCAAUGAUACGCCUACAACAGUCUUUUGGACGGAUUAUGUUGCCACAAGAUGGUACAGGGCACCUGAGCUCUGUGGUUCAUUCUGUUCUAAGUACACUCCAGCCAUUGACAUUUGGAGCAUUGGCUGCAUCUUUGCGGAGGUGUUGUUAGGGAAGCCUCUGUUUCCUGGUAAAAGUGUGGUUCAUCAGUUAGAGCUCAUCACAGAUCUUCUUGGCACACCAAAAGCAGAGACUAUUGCUGGAGUUCGAAAUGAAAAAGCUCGAAAAUACCUAGGAGAAAUGAGGAAGAAAAGUCUCGUCCCCUUUACACAAAAGUUUCCUAACGCAGAUCCUUCAGCAUUGCGCCUUUUGCAAAGACUGUUGGCUUUUGAUCCAAAGGAUAGGCCUACUGCUACAGAGGCGCUGGCUGAUCCUUACUUUAAGGGCCUUGCUAAGAUUGAAAGAGAACCUUCUUGUCAGCAAAUCUCAAAGAUGGAGUUUGAAUUUGAGAGACGAAGGUUAACAAAGGAUGACAUUAGAGAGCUGAUAUACAGGGAGAUACUUGAAUACCAUCCUCAGCUGCUCAAGGAUUAUAUGAACGGAUCUGAAGGCUCAAGUUUCUUAUAUCCUAGUGCCAUUGGUCAUCUGAGGAAACAGUUUGCUUACUUGGAAGAAAAUAGCGGCAAAAGUGGGCCAGUCAUACCUCCAGAGAGAAAGCAUACUUCACUUCCACGGUCUACAGUUCACUCCAGUGUAGUAGCCUCCAGUGCUCAACCUGGCUUGAAUGCACCAGACAGUAGACGUGUUUCUUUCGAACCUUCAAGAAACGGUGUAGCUCCAUCAACUUCAACUAAACCUUUAGGACCUCCUCCAAGAGUACCAUCAGCUAGACCAGGCCGUGCUGUGGAAACAUCUGUAAGUUAUGAGAAUGCCAGGAACCUCAAAGAGUCGUCCCAUGAUGCAAGAACAUCAUAUUACAGAAGCACAGUACCCCCUCCACAGACCGCAUCUCCUAACUGUUUCUUCCAUCCUAACACCAUGAACCAAGAGAAGCGUGGUGGUGGUGGUGGUACAGAAGCUGCUGCUUCCCAGCCAAAACCGCAGUUUGUUGUCCCUACCCAAUGCAACUCCUCAAAGCCAGCUGAGCUGAACCCAAACCCUUAUGUCCAAUCACAGCACAAGGUGGGUAUUGAUGCUAAGCUGUUGCAGGCACAAUCCCAGUAUGGUCCUGCUGGAGCCGCCGCGGUUGCAGUAGCAGCACAUAGGAGCAUAGGCACGGUUGGGUAUGGCAUGUCUUAGAAUUAGCAGUUUGUUGGUCUCAGGUGAUUGAUUGCUCCCCUCGUUAGUCGUUUAUGUAAUGUAAGUAUUAUUGGAACCAAGCCUUGAUUUGAACUCAUCUGAGAUUGUAAUAAUAAAAAAAAGUUCGUUUUAACCUCACCAAA